UAGUUUUUAAAUUCAUUCUUUGGUUUUUCUACAACAGCCAACGAAACUUCGGUUGGAACAAAAACAAAAAAAAUAAAAAUAAAUAAAUAAAACAGUCGCACUUUUUCGUUGUCAUUUGACCUAUUUUGUGCCGCACUUUUUAAAUUUACCAACAAAUUACACAAUUCGAAAUUUGCAUCGCUUUCAGAAGGCAACAUGUUGCCAAAGAGUCCGCGUAUUCGAAAAUACGACAUUAAUUCAGGGGGAGUUUCUGAUUCCUCUAGAAACAAUUCCCCACGAGCUCAUUAUGGCAAAACAUUAAUCAACACAUCAUUAAAGAAGCGUCGCACUCUUAGCCAUGGCCAGCGAGUGGUGCGAAAGGCGCCCAGCACUGUUAACAAGGAAACAUCUCAGCUGUUGAGCGGCAUACCUAAGGCUGCCCUACUGACCCCUUCGUCAUCGGACAAUUCGGUGACCACCACAUACUCGAAAAAUGGGGUUCCCACUUAUACGGUGCAGCCCAACCAUAACGAGCAGGGGGAUGAGCAGCAACAACAACAGCCACAGAAUACGAAUGUUGAACUGGCAUUGGCCAAGCCAACUUUGCCGCCAUAUUUGACCUUGAAGCGCCAACAGUCGGCAGCCAUUUUGAAUUUUCGCGCACGCAAGUCCGUUUCGCAAAUGGACUUCAAGGAGGCCCGUCGCACUGGCAACUACCAGCUGGUGGCUCAUGUGGCGAAGCCCGACGCGCUAGUGCCUGCCUCAAAGGCAAUGCCACAAUCCUGUGAUGUGCUGAGCAUCCAAGAUCAACACAUCACCAAAAUGCUGCUGCAGGAUGCAGCGCUAUUGUGCAACAAUGGCAGCGGAAAUGUGCGUUUUGUGGUCAGUGGUGCGCAGGACGCGCGCCUGGCUAGCCUUCGCAUCUUCAACACGAUCAUGUUGCAUGCCUGGCGCCGUCGACGCGAGGAGGUCCGCAUGCUCAGCGAGCAGGUGGAUGAGUACAAACGCAGUUUUGUCAAGAACCGCAAUCAAUUGCAUGUCUACAACUCGCUCUUUUCCGUGGAAAAGCGUCGCAAUGACACACUCAAUGAACAACUAAAGAUAUCCUAUCGCGAUAAUGCCAAGAUCAAGCUCUCCUACGAUGAACUCAAUAUAAUGCUUGAGCAGAUGACACGGGAGAAGCUGCAGCUGACUAAGGAGAACGCCGUCAAGGAUCAGGACAUUGAGAAUAUGCAGGAACUGCAUCAAAAUACCCAAAACGAUCUCUUUCGCGUAACCACAAAGCAGCGCGAACAAUUGGAGGAGCUCACCCGCUCCCAACGUGACUAUCAGGACGUCGAAUUUGAAAAAAAGGAACUAACUUGCCAGCUGGAAUUCGUUCAGAUAGAGCUUAGCCUGAAGCAGCAGCAAUUGGAGCAAUUCCGCGACAACGUGGCCUUGAUUUCCGAGCAGCUCGCUCUGGCUAAGGCUAAGCUGCAGGACUACAAGAGCAGCCUGGAACAACAGAACAGUAAACUACUAGAGCUGGAGGAAUAUAAAAGGAAAACAGUGGAGCUGCAGCAAAAGCUUCAGCGUAGUGAAGAACAGCUGAGCACUCUACAAAAUUGUCUGGCCGCUUCUGUGGGUCAACGCAUCAAGCAAUGCUUUGCCCAGCGGCAGUCCUAUCAAGCUGCCACAUAUCGCAUGCUACACUUUGUGGCCUACGUUAUGUUGCCCGCAACUCCACCACCAGCUUUGCAUAUCAAUUCUUUGCCGGAGGCGGUUGGGAAAUUACGCGACAUCUUCAAUUCCCAUUUCGGUGGUGACAAUGAAAAGCGAGGCGACGAUCUGGCCGAAUAGCACUCAAGUAAAUCAAUUUAGGGAGACAGAUUUGGCUGUACACCCGUUUUUAAAACUAUAUUGUAUUAGUAUUGUUAUUAAUUUGUUUGUUCGUUCGCAUUUAUUUUACUGGUUGACGUUUAAUUUCACUUUUUCACUCGUACUAAUAAGAGUAUUACGUUGCACAAAAAAUUAACACAAAAUAAAAUUUUACAUCAACCAGAAAGAUGUCUCAAAUAAAAUUCCAAUAUUUUCUGGUAU